GAGUUCGUGGAGCGCCACUUGAAAGACAUGGAGGUCUUGGUCACAAAGAAAUACGAGAAUGGUGACAUCGAGUACGUCGAGCUGGGCGAUGACCCCAACAAAACGUCGCGGGUAGAGGUUCAGAACAAGAAGACCAUUCAGAAGGAUGAGUAUAUCAGGAUGGCAGAGCCAGACUGGGCCAGAUACUUCCAUCCGGAGUUCUCCUUCAUCAACAUGGUGGAUGAGGAUAAGAAAAUCACUGACAAGAAGGUUCUCCUUUGGAGCAAUGAGGAAGGAGGAUUUGUUUCUUACACCAUGAAGUACGAUGCAACUUUUCAGGAACCGCUGGAAUUGCAACGCUUUCCGCUGGACGGUCAACUUUGCAGGAUCAAAGUCACAGCUGAAAUGCCAAUCGAGACAUUCCAGUUUGUUCCCCUCAAAAGCUGGGCCAAGAAAGUCUCGCAGGUAUGCGACAUGUGGGCCAUCGACACCAGCAUACAAGAAAAAUGCACAGUCUAUGUGCGGCAUUGUGACAGGGAGUUCCCAUUCGAGGUUCAACGCUCUUGCUUCAACAUCCUUUUGCAUUGCCAACGUCGAGGUGACUAUUACUUUCACAGCGUUCUUGUGAUGGUCUUCUUGGUGAACAUCAUUAGCCUCUGUGCUUUUUUCAUUCCGCUGGAUGAUACAAGUGGACGACUCGGCCACUUGAGCACCUGCUUCCUGGCUGUGCUGGCGUAUCGUUAUGUCAUUGGUGACUCACUGCCACGCAAGCAGUACCUCACAGCAGCGGACAUCUACAUCAUCUUUGCCUGCAGCUUCCAAGUGAUAAUUUGCCUCGAGACAGUUUGGGUGGGCUAUUUCUUUCAGUCUGAGGAAGAACUGGCAGACGUGAGUCGCAAGUAUGAGAUCAUCGAUGACUCCAUUGGGUUCGGGCUGCUGUUGGUCUGGUUGGCAACAAAUGCUCUCCUCUACAUGAAGUCGCGCUUCUCUCAUGUGAAUUGGACAAGUGUUUAUAACAAGAACACGGAACCCUAUGCGCCCAUCAUCGAGUGCAAGAACUGCGGCGAACAGUGGGUCAGCAAGCAAUGCGAGCAUGGCAAUCCAAAGAAGAUUUGUCCAUGGUGUGAAAGCGCAAACGUCAGAACAAUUUAUUACACGCCUGGUGACAGGCCUCCACUAGUGAAGCCUCAGCAGUUGCCACAAGUGCCUGCUCCUUUGAAGAAGGCCAGUAUAGGCAACUCUGGGCAACCCGUGCCAAAGGCAGGGUCAUGGAUCAUCAAGCAUGCUUAA